ACUGUUUUCCUGUCCGUCUGUUUUCCGAGUUCUCUCUGUUAUUUUGCCGUUUUCGCUGCACCAUCCAGCAGUCUACAAACUCGGCAACGACAUCAUGGCACCAACAAACAUCGCCCUGAUAACAUGCAGUACCAGGGAACCGCGCAUAAAUCCCUUUAUAACAGGCUACGCCCACGAAGUCCUUGACUCACAUAUAAAGACCACAAAGUGGACCGGCAAGGUCUCCAUAAUCGACAUCGCGGACCAAAACCUCCCCUUUUACAACGAGCCCGCAAUCCCCUUGCACCCCCCCAGAUCCGAUGCCACCCCACAUUACGUCCAUGAGCACACGCGCGCCUGGUCCCGACUCAUCCAGCAGUACGACGCAUUCAUCUUUGUGACGCCGCAAUAUAACUGGAGUAUCCCCGCCAGCUUGAAAAAUGCGCUGGACUAUUUGUUCCACGAGUGGGCGGGGAAACCCGCGGGGAUUGUGACGUAUGGAGGGAGGGGUGGUGGGAAGGCAGGGGACCAUCUACAGAGCAUUCUAACUGGUUUGCGGAUGCGGCCCGCUAAGUGUAUCCCCGGGAUUGUGGUGCAGAGCACAGCGAUGGAGGAUUGGGCGGGGCAGGGCUGUGUUAGCAAGGAGGAUAGGGAGGCAUGGAAGGUGGGCGGCGUGGAUUCGCAGCUGCAAUUGAUGUUUACUGAGAUACUUGAUGAGAAAGUGUAA